UGCAUGCUGCUGGUCAUACUGCAAUGCUCAGCCGUGGGCCCUGUGCUGGUCCCUGAGGUGCACCCAGACGGCAGCUCAUGCUGAAAGGGUGGCAGCUUGGGGACCCUGCCCCAGCUUGCAUUCCUUGGUGGUCUUCCUAGGAGCAUCCCCAGAUUCCCCACCAAACACGUGUGGGCUUACCAAAAGCCUGGCUAAGCAGCAUGGGUGCCUGAGGGAUACUGAAGAGACACUAACAGAACCAAAGUACGCUGUGGAACAGGGAAUCUGGAGAUGCCAACCCCGGGUGCGCGCACUCCCUGUGGGGAAAACCGCCCUGGGGUGGCCUGUGGGGCUGUGCUCUGGCAGAAUCAGCUCGGGGCAGCAGCCCUGGAUCUGCUGGAGCACAUCUGGCUGCCUCUCGCCGGCUGACACAUCCCUCACAGCCCCCCCGCCCGGCUCUUUUGGGAACUUGCGUCAUUUAUGAUCCUCUCCGGCUAAGGAACCAAAACAGCCGUUGGCCCCCGUUCCUCCCCCGCCUCGGCCCCAUGGGGCUGUGCCCACUGUCCUGCCCCGCCGCUGCUCAGGGACUGGUAAAAUAAACCUGGCACAAGAAGAAACACGAUGGCAAGCGACUAGCCCUGACCUCGCGUGCCAGCCUGUGCCUUGUGCCCUGUACAGCACUCCCUGUGGGACUGCUCGGGGCGAGCCCUGAGGGAUGAUGCCCUGGGGAUCCCUGCCGCCUCUUUAGCGUCCCCACCUCCCCCGGGACACCCAGCCGUCUUUGGGGUACACAUUCCAGAGGCAGGGAGGGCUGUUCUGAGUUCAAGAGUGGUCCCUGCCCGCGCUGAGCCUCACAGGCAAGAAGCAGCAGUAUCAGCAAUUUAAAGGCUCAUUUACACCCCAAAAACACUCCCCAUACUAUACUGGGUGUGUAUGUGUGGGAAGUGACUGGGCUCUGCCGCAGCCCCACACAGCUCCCGGGGGCCCCCCGCCGCCCAGCGCCACCGAGCCGGGAGAUGAACAGAGCCGCCAUUCUCCCCGGCGGGCUGCGGUCCCCUGCGCGGCGGCUGGCGGGGGCCCAGGCGGUUCCGACGGCGGUGCCAGGUGGGCCGCACACCGCGCCAGCACCGGCCCCUGUCACUAAAUAUAGCCGCGGCAGCCGGCCACGGAGCGGCGGGCGCGGGAGGCACGCGGCAGGGAGCGAGCGGCCGCAUGCGCCGAGCCCCCGCGUGCGCUCCCCUCACGGGGCCGGCGCGGACACGUGCAGGCACGAGACCGCGGUCAAGGCCUGUAAACAGCGCCGUGCACGCACAGAGCCGGCGGCGCGUUGUGUGCCGCCCCCCGCGGGGCUUCACAGCUGUGGGGUCUGCAGGGAAGGGUACAGUGUGUUUUCCCCAGUGCGCACUUGUGGGUCUGGGGAUGUUCCCCACCUUGGACACAACCUUGUGGCACCCAGUCUGCUCCCCCAGCCCAGCACCAAGAUGAAUCUUUUGCCUGUGAGCUGUGGGAAGCCCAGACCCUCUGUAAAAAGCAGGGUACCAACUCUACUGCUGUGACAAUCGAGGCCAGCCCUGCCGAAGCCA